AUGAAGGACGAGACAAGGCCGGAGUUAGGGUUCGCUCCCCGCUGCGUGGUGCCCUGUUCGCCGCCGCUGAAGAAGAAAUCAGCGGAGGAGACUCAACAAACCCCGGCGUCUUCCUUCGAGGCGAUGGUGGGCGAGCAAUCCCUAGCGGCUUCAGCUGCUGCAUCGAGCGCUGAGGAGCCUGCAUCAAAUCUAGAAUUGGAAGAUGUAAAAUCUGGAGCCACCGCAAUUCCAUCAGCUGUUGUCCAUUAUGAAGGUCUGGCUGCAGAGAUCCUAGGAGAACAGAAGCCGGUUCCGGCGAUUACCUCCAUACUUGCUCACGUCGUCUCAAUCGCGGAACAGACCACCAGCGUUGCAGGCUCGAAGGUCACAAUCUUCGUGUGCAGGGCGGAAGAAUCGUGCAUUCAAAAGCCAGAAGCGGAUAUGAAAGUGGACAAGAUAUUGCGAGUCAAUUAUAUAGGGUCCGAACCUCUAAUUAGCACCUCACUGGUGAAGAUUGGCAAGCUUACUUGGAAGUACAGAAAGAAGAAGAGACCUGGAUAUGGCUCCGAGUUUGAGAAGCAGAAGGGUCAUGAGAGGUUGACCAUCACAGGGAGCGAAACAAAUGAGAAUUUGGUGUUGCGUCACGCGAAGCCGCGAGGCCAACCGUUGGAGCAAUCACUAGCAGCGGCUCCAAUCGUGUUGGUGACGUCGGAUCGGGAGGAAGAGGCGGAGCAGAUUUUCCUGGAGCCAUCACCGGAGCCGCAAAUUGCGCUACUAGCGCGACGAUCAUUGGCUCUUUCCUUCGUGGCAGCGACGGGAGUGCAAGCAAACACGAGGGCGAAGUCGGCAUCUAACUUGCCUCGUGGCUGUCAGGCGAACCGCUCACCGCGGGAGAACUGGAUGAAGGAGAUGGUAGGAGGCUCGCCGGAGAUGGAUUCUCGGGAGAAGGAAACAGAGGGAGGCGACGGGGAGCUUUCCCACGCGUUGCCGGAGAUGGAGAAGGAGCCAAGGGCGGCACCGAGGUCGGGCUGGUCCUUGCAUCCUCUAGACCACUGCUCGUCGACGGAUGAGAAAACGAGGAAGAAGGUGGAAGCGGCGGCGCCCUCGGCGUUAGACGACGAGGAAGCGGCGUCGGUGGUACGUUGGACGUCCUGUCGGCAAAAUGGUUCGCCGCCGUGGGGAUCGAAGGGGGUGAAGGAGAGAGGCGGCGUCGCUUUCACCAACCCUAUGUGGUUUGAGUUGAGCCGAGGAGCACAACAGCAGCAACCCUUUCGAUUGGGCCGAGCGGAUGGGGAUGCAUCUUUGGAGGGGCCGAGAAUAAUGGGCCAUGGGGUGGAGAAAGGGAAAAUAAACUUGGACCAAGGAAUGGGCUGGUUCUUGGUCAGAAAAGUCAACAUAGCAGGCCUAGGAUUAAGCAAGGUUUGGGUCCCCAUGGGCCAAUUCUUGAGCAUCAUAUGA